AUGGAUCACAGAACUCAGGUGUUUCUGCUUCUUAUAUUCGCUCCUUUUCUCGUUUUAGCCAAUCAUGUGACAAGUCCUCAGGAUGUUAUGGGUUUGACGUUUCUAAAGCAACUAUGGAAUAACACGCCUCCAAGUUGGGGGACUCGUCUGUCUGAUCCUUGUGAAGAUGACUGGGAUGGCAUUAGGUGUACCAACAUGCGUGUGAUCUCUUUAAUAUUACCAAGUAUGAAUUUGACUGGCACACUCUCUGGAGAUAUUGAUCAGUUUUCUGAACUACAAAUUUUGGAUCUAUCUUACAACAAGGGCCUGACAGGACCACUCCCAACAGAAAUUGGGAGCUUGAAGAAGCUGUAUAACAUAAUCCUGGUUGGUUGCAGUUUCUCUGGUCUCAUCCCUGCUUCAAUAGGGUCCCUACAAGAGCUAAUUUUUCUAUCUCUGAAUUCUAACAGAUUUAGUGGGAGGAUCCCAUCUUCCAUUGGUAAUCUGUCUAAACUGUACUGGCUGGAUCUAGCUGACAACAACCUCGAAGGACCCAUCCCAGUUUCUGAUGGUGUUGAACCUGGACUUGACAUGCUCAGUCAUUGCAAGCACUUUCAUCUCGGAAUCAAUCAUCUCUCAGGCCCAAUUCCAUCAAAGCUUUUUAACUCAAACAUGAGACUGAUACAUGUGCUCUUCGAAAGUAAUAAACUCACUGGCAGCAUCCCUUCCAGCGUUGGACUUGUAAAGUCUUUGGAGGUCGUGCGAUUUGAUGAUAACAUAUUAAGUGGGCUUAUUCCUCUCAGCUUCAACAAUCUUACAAAUGUUUCUCAGCUGUUCUUGUCCAACAACAAGUUGAGCGGCCCUGCUCCCGACCUUACUGGCAUGAUCGGUCUCCAUUAUGUGGAUUUGAGCAAUAAUAGUUUCGACACGUCUGAUGUUCCACCAUGGUUCUCAACACUAGAGUCUUUGACCACAUUAAUCAUGGAGGACACAAAACUUCAAGGAGAAAUACCUGUUUCUCUAUUCAGCCUUUCAAACUUACAGACUGUGGUCCUGAAGAACAACCAGCUAAAUGGCACCUUGGAUAUUGGGACUUCCUAUAGCAGUCAAUUGCAACUCAUUGAUUUACAAAAUAAUAAAAUUCAUGAAUACGAGGGAAAUGGAGGAUAUGAUGGCAUUUUAAUACUUGUUCAAAAUCCAGUUUGUACUGAAACUGGGGCAUCACUGAUGAGUUACUGCAAGAUUUCACAAUCAUCUGAUCUCGUCCAAUAUGAAACAUUGCCAAAUAACUGUGUUCCCAGUGCUUGCAGUUCCGAUCAGGUUUCAAGCCCCAACUGUAAAUGUGCAUAUCCAUACGGGGGCAGAAUAAACUUUAGAGCUCCUACCUUCUCAGACUGGGAAAACUCAAAUGUCUUCAAAGAGCUUGAGAACAAUCUCACGGGUUUUUUCAGUAAACAUCAAGUUAACGUUGAUUCAGUCUCUUUCAGUAACCUCACCAAGGACUCCCAUGCAUACAUUUGGUUGAGCCUAGAAGUAUUCCCACAAAUCCAAAAUCGUUUCACUAGAAAGGAAGUUUCUAAUAUUGCUUUUCUACUCAGUAACCAAACAUUCAAGCCUCAAAAGUAUUUUGGACCAAUCGUUUUUAUCGGAAAUGAUUAUUCAGACUUUGCAGGUGAUUCACCAUCAAAACCAAACAAAUCGUCCAAUGUGGGCAUUAUCAUUGGAGCAGCAGCUGGUGCUUCUGUUCUUGUGCUGAUAUUUCUCCUUGUAGGAAUUUAUGCUAUUCGCCAGAAGCGAAGGGCAAAAAGAGCCACUGAUCAAAACAAUCCUUUUGGCAAAUGGGAUGUGAAUAAUAAAAGCAGUGGUAGCAUUCCUCAGUUAAAAGGUGCUAGAUCGUUCUCUUUUGAAGAGCUUAUGAAAUAUAGCAACAACUUUUCAGAAGCAAAUGAUGUUGGAUCUGGGGGAUAUGGGAAGGUUUACCGUGGAACUCUUCCCACAGGGCAACUGAUUGCCAUCAAACGAGCUCACACAGAAUCUAUCCAAGGUGGACAUCAGUUCAAAAGUGAGAUUGAACUUCUUUCACGAGUUCAUCAUAAGAACCUUGUCAGCCUUGUAGGAUUUUGUUUUGACCGAGAUGAGCAGAUGCUGGUGUAUGAGUAUGUAGCAAAUGGGACUCUUAAGGAUAGUCUUUCAGGUAAGUCAGGAAUCAGAUUAGAUUGGCCGAGGAGACUUAAAAUAGCACUUGGUACAGCUAGAGGCUUAGCCUAUCUUCAUGAACUUUGCCACCCUCCAAUUAUCCACAGAGAUAUCAAGUCAACUAAUGUUCUGUUGGACAACAGAUUGAGUGCGAAAGUUGCUGAUUUUGGUCUCUCCAAGUCCAUGGGUGACAGUGGGAGGGAUCAUGUCUCCACUCAAGUUAAAGGGACAAUGGGAUACAUGGAUCCUGAAUAUUACAUGACUCAACGGUUGACUGAGAAGAGUGAUGUUUAUGGUUUUGGAGUGCUAAUGUUGGAGAUACUUACUGCAAGAAAACCGAUAGAACAAGGAAAAUAUAUCGUGCGAGAAGUAAGAAUGGCAAUGGACAGGACUAAAGAAUUAUACAACCUUCAUGUGAUCCUGGAUUCAGCCAUUGGUUUGAGAACAACACUGGUAGGUUUAGAGAGGUUUGUGGAUCUUGCAAUGGCUUGUGUUCAAGAAGAAGGAGUCAACAGGCCUACAAUGAGUGAGGUGGUGAAAGAGAUUGAAUACAUUAUGCAGCUUGCUGGACUGAACCCUAAUGCUGAAUCGGCAUCCACUUCCUCAAGCUAUGAGGAUCCGGCAAGGGUUAGGCAUCCGUACAGCAAUAUUGAGGCUGCCUUUGAUUACAGUGGAGUGUUUCCGUCUUCAAAGAUAGAGCCGCAGUAGGGAGCAUGAAUGUAAAUAUAUCUAGAAUAAUGGUGAGUACUUGGUGUUAAUUAGUAGCUUGCUUCAGUACUUGUAUACAUAACAGUUAGUGAUUCGGUGUUCAUGAAUAUAUGUAAUAUAAGUAUUGUGUGUCCAAAAGUUUUUACUGCUAAACUGUUUGUUAUGACAAAUCGAUUAAAUAGGAAAGUGAUUUUU